AUGGAUGAACCAGAGCAAUUGGCGCCAGCUGACGAACCGCGUACGGCUCAUGACGCGAAAAGAAUUAAACAGAUUGAUGAUGCCGCUGACAGUACAACCCCAGCUCUUAAGCCUCCAGCUACAAUCCAUAGGGUGGCUUUCCCCGAGAAGGCGGCGGUUAUAGAAGAGCGAAACGGCGAGAUCGAAUUCCAAGUUGUCAACAAUGACGGCUCCCAAGAGAGUACGAUCAUUCUCACAGGACUCAAAUGCCUGUUUCAGAAGCAACUCCCCCAAAUGCCGAAGGAUUAUAUUACGCGCCUUGUGUAUGGCCGCACCCAUCAAUCUUUGGCCAUUGUGAAAAGGCCCCUGGAGUUCGCCGAAAUUGUGUUUUGCGCGGUCUCAUCUGAUCAGCAAGUAAAAGGCUAUGGUGCACACCUUAUGGCUCAUUUCAAGGACUAUUCGGUCUGGGUGGGUUAUAUCAAAGAUUAUGAAGAAGGUACACUGAUGCAAUGCUCCAUGCUUCCCCGAAUACGAUAUCUUGGAGUUGGUCGUAUGUUGCUAAAACAGAAGGCAGCUAUCCGAGCCAAAAUGCAACUCUUAAGCAAAAGCCACAUAGUCCAUCCACCACCUCAGCAAUGGACCCCUGGUGUUACUCCAAUUGAUCCACUGUCCAUCCCUGGCAUUCGGCAAACUGGCUGGUCUCCAGAAUUGGAUGCAUUAGCGCGAGAACCACGGCAUGGACCCCAUUUUAAUGAACUCCGACGUUUUCUGAAUCAAAUCCAAAACCAUAAACAAGCGUGGCCUUUCCUUAAUCCGGUGAACAGAGACGAAGUUCCUGAUUAUUACAAUGUGAUCACAUCACCAAUGGAUUUGUUGACCAUGGAAGAGAAAUUGGAGAAUGAUUCUUAUACCACUCCAAAAGAACUCGUCCACGAUCUACAAUUGAUCUUUGGUUGGAGAAGUUCAUGUGGAGCCUCAUCAAGGAUAUUCCGGAGUGGUAUGAACUACUUGAAAAAUAAUUGGUCAAGUCAACCUAUGUUCGCCCUCGGGACUAUAUACCAAAACUGGUGCAUUCCUGUCUUUUACCAGAGUUCAAACCCUAUCCUAUUUGUUACCCUAUGCCAUGUGAGGGAUGACGGUAUGAACCGAAGUUUAGUGGAAUGUUCUGCAACACCAUCAGCAAUGAGGUAG